AUGUUCAACGUGCCAGCCCUUGUAGGCACUUCCACGUCGUCUUCCACGAACAGCUUUAACCAUCAGCAAGCUAUCAUUGACCGUAAUACUUCAGUUUCUACUAAUUCAUUGAACCCACUUCACGGAUCUGCUUCUAUAGGAUCCAGCGAACAACAUAGUGAUCAUCUCAAAAGCUCUACCAAUUUAUCAUUGAGACUAUCAAAAAAAUCUACCCCGUCUACAUCACUGAGCUCUUUACCCUUUACUACACCUCAAUUUCCUAAUUACGCAAAGACGUCUAUCACGACGGGUAUUGUCGGAGCGCCAACUGGCGCCAUUGGCGCUGAAUGUUUAGCAGCUAAUACUUCUGCUAGUACUGCUCCAUCUCUUAAUCCUUUAAUAUUCAACAGUGAUCUCAAUUUAAGGAACGAUUUGAAAUGGGGGGAAGUCGAGAAUACCAGUUCAGAAUUGAGCUCCUUGCACAAUACAGUUGGAAGCUCCUGGAGUGAGCAAUUACCGUGUUUAACUGGAUCUUAUCCGAAUUCCUACUUCACAUGGGAGCAUAAUUCCACAGCUUAUCCAUAUGAUUCGUCCCCGUACUUCCCCAGUGGGAUAGCAACCGGAACAACAUCAGCUAUGUAUGCACUACCUCCAGCCGAUCCUUUCCAAAAAACGGAUGCUAUGCUAACAGAAGCAGCAGAGGCAAAACAUGUCAGUCCUGACAAACUAGAACCAAAGGUGGUUGAUGAUGAGGACGGUGUAGAUGAGGAUGAAGAGAUUGACGAUGGAGAAGAUGGAACAGGUAAGAAAAAAACAAGAAAACGACGUGUUCUGUUCACUAAAGCCCAAACGUACGCUCUUGAGAGUCGGUUCGCCAUUCAGCGUUAUCUGGCAGCUAAUGAAAGAGAACAACUUGCCGCCGAAAUUAAUCUCACACCUACUCAAGUGAAAAUUUGGUUCCAAAAUCAUCGAUAUAAAACGAAGAAAACAAUGCAAGAUAAAGGAUUAAAUUCAAAUAUUCUUGCCAAUAUGUCUACGGGUACGAAUGCGUUCACACCUCCAACAGGGUCAACAGCGUUUAGCACCAGAGGCUUCAGAAUGCCGAAUUUGUCCUUAAAUACAGUACUGGUACGAGAUGGAAAGCCAUCAGAGUUAUCUUCCUCACCAUGUCAAGCAGCAGCAGCAGUAGCAUUUUCAAAUACAACCAACGGAUAUUUCUCAGCUUCUGCUGGUUAUUUGCCGUCGGCUAACUACUUGUCCCAAACACCAACAACUACAACCUACAUGAAUAUGAGGAGUGGUUUUUGGUAG